AUGGCCGACAAAAAGUUCACUCUGCCGUUCAGGCUAGUACGUGAAGUAUGCGAACCGGUACCAUGGAAUCAAGACAACUCGCACGUGUGGCUUGCUCACUUUGAAGCCGAGCAACCCAUGAGCAAAUGCACUCUCACUCUCGAACGUACCGCCACGCUCGUUCGCAACUACACCUAUGCCGCCGCCAAGGAUAUGAAUGUUACGAUGGAAACGAAGAGUAACCGCCUGCUCGACAGAGGCUACGAUUUUGACUACUACGACGGCUAUGUUGGAUCCCGUUUUGAGGAAAUCUUCGAUGACCAGGGAGUUGCACACAGCUUCAUGACUGGGGUUACCCACCUCGCUGUGAUGGCCGCACGGGUGCACUGGUUCAUUCACGGCCUCAACCAGAUAGGAGAAGGCCAUUCAGUAGAGUACGACAUUUCGAUUUUGUAUUCCACCUCUGUAGGCAUAUCGUUCACCACCUCGAUUCCCGCAGGAUACGACGACCCAGCUCGGUUCAAUGCCCGCCACCUUCGCUCCCUGCGUACUCUCGAAGACCUGGGAACGUACAUAACUCCAUACACCUAUAAACGGGCCACCAUCCCCAGCCUUCAACCCGACUCCAUCGAUGACAACUCCAAAGUCCACGGCGACAUAGGGGGUGCUUCUGUCUGA